AUGGCGAGCAAGUAUCUCAGUGAUAAAGAUUUCCAUAAUGGCUUCGCCGACGUUCACGACUUGUUCACGGCUGGCAAGCUCGAAGAAUGCGAAACCGAAGCCUUCGCGUUCCUCGCCGAAGAAGCUAUUCCAAAGUACUACCGAAUGAAGACACUCAUUCUUCUAGGUAUCAUCGUUGGGGACUGGGAAGAGGCGAACAGAUACUAUGUUGCCGCAGAUCAUAUGUGGCACACUGUACGAGGCUAUCACCCAGAAGGCACCGACAAGGAUGUUGAGGAGUCCAUCACAGAGAUACGCGAGUGUCUCGAUUCUUUGCGUGUUGCACUUCAGGAGGACGCGCUAUCUGAGUGCGGCUUGACCAUCACUGGUGGAGAUAUUGUCGAGGAGCACGAUGCUGAUAUUGAGGAUGCGUGUGCCGAGAUGGAUGACCUUGAGCUUGAGGAUGCACGCGCGGAGAUGGACGGCCUCGAGCUUGAUGACGCGCAUGUCCAUGCUCUUGGUGAAGAUCAGCCGCAGCCGCAACUUAGCAAGCCUGAGAACCCCAAGCAGAUCUCGCUCAGCAGCUUGGACAAUGUUUGCGACCCAGGCCGACAAGCCCCGCCCGAUUCACCAGUGAUGAUGCCAGCCAACUGUGAAGCGCGCCAGAACUGCACCCACCUCUCCAAGUACGAUGGCACCUCGCUCGCCAGCUAUCGCACAAUCGAACUCGGUCAUGGCCAACUGGCGAUGCUGAAUGCCUGA